CCCACAGCAUAUGCGAGAGGCUGCUGAACGGCAGCAACAGCUGGAGCUGGAGCAUGAGCAAGCCCUGGCCAUCCUCAAUGCCAAGCAGCAGGAGAUCCAGUUUCUGCAGCAGGCUCAGAUUGAAGCUAAGAAGGAGCAUGAAGGUGCUGUGCAGCUGUUAGAGGUGAGCACAGGAAUGGCCAUCUCAGUCAUGUGCAGACCUUCCUCGGUGGUCCUAGGGGUCUGGAAGCAAAACAGCCACCGGGUCCCAUCAUCUGGGCUGGCACACUGGAAGCGCCUGGUGGACCGUCUGGAAAACAUGAGGAAAAAUGUGGCCGGGGAUGGUGUGAACCACUGCAUUCUGUGUGGAGAGCAGCUGGGCAUGCUGGGAUCUGCCUGUGUCAUGUGUGAAGACUGUAAGAAGAAUGUCUGCACCAAGUGUGGGGUGAAGACCUCCAACAACCGCCCACAUCCGGUAUGGCUGUGUAAGAUCUGCCUUGAGCAGAGGGAGGUCUGGAAGCGCUCAGGAGCAUGGUUCUUCAAGGGUUUUCCCAAACAGGUUCUUCCACAGCCCAUGCCUAUAAAGAAGACCAAGCCCCAGCAGGCUGCUGGUGACGUGGAAGAAAGGAGGGCCCCAGGUCAGAAGCCAGGCCCCGAUAUCCCCUGUGCUCCUGGGCGAGGAAGCCAUGGGCCUCCCAUGCGCAGGGCCUCUGAGGCACGAAUGAGUACAACUGCCCGGGACUCUGAGGGCUGGGAGCAUGGUCACGGUGGGGGUGCUGGAGAUGCCAGUCGGAGCCCAGCAGGAAUCCUCCUUUCCCUCGAGUCGCAACGAAGAAGACAAAGACGAAGAAGACUAAGAAGAGAAGAAGACGAACAGAACAGACGAAGAGAACAGGUCCGAGAGCUGGAAGAGAAAUGCUGUGUGCAGAGUGAGCAGUUUAACCUUUUGUCCCGGGACCUGGAGAAGUUCUGGCAACACACUGGGAGUUUUGACCUGCUGGGCAGCAGCUCAGUGGCCUUGCUGGAUGUCCCCUUGGCCCCUGGCAAGCCUUUCCCACAGUACAUGAAUGGACUAGCCACUUCCAUACGCAAAGGUCACGAGGGUCCCACUGGACACUACUCUGUGAUUGGGGACUAUAUCCUGUUGUCUGAGGACAAGCUGGAGCCUCCGUGUGUGAAGCCCUCCUUCCUGUUACGAUCCAGCAGCCCAAGAUGCAGAUUUGAGUCCGAGAUGGACAAUGACCGGAACUCUAACAACUCCAAGCAAAGCAGCUCUGGGAACCUGUGUUUCGCCCGCUACAGCUACAACCCCUUUGAUGGGCCCAAUGAGAACCGGGAAGCCGAGCUGCCUCUCACGGCAGGAAAGUACCUCUACGUCUAUGGAGACAUGGAUGAGGAUGGAUUCUAUGAAGGGGAGCUGUUGGAUGGGCAGAGGGGCUUGGUGCCCUCCAACUUUGUGGAUUUUAUCCAAGACAAUGAGUCACGACUGGCUGGUACUCUGGGGAGUGAGCAGGACCAGACCUUUCUCAAUCAUUCUGGCAUCAGCCUGGAGCAUGAGAGUUUCCUUCACCUUCACUCCCCAACUCAAGUGGACUCGGGCGUCACCGACAGUGGUGGGGGGACUCUGGACAUGAGCAUCGAUGACAUCGGAGAAGACAUUGUGCCUUACCCUAGGAAAAUUACCCUUAUCAAACAGCUUGCCAAAAGUGUCAUCGUGGGCUGGGAGCCCCCCGCUGUACCACCCGGCUGGGGCACCGUGAGCAGUUAUAACGUGCUGGUAGACAAGGAGACACGCAUGAGCCUCGCCCUGGGUAGGAGAACCAAGGCAUUGAUCGAAAAACUUAACACAGCCGCCUGCACCUACCGCAUCUCCGUGCAGUGCGUCACGAGCCGGGGCAACUCGGACGAGCUACAGUGCACGCUGCUGGUGGGCAAGGAUGUAGUCGUAGCGCCAUCCCAGCUACGUGUGGACAAUAUCACACAGAUCUCUGCUCAGCUCUCCUGGCUGCCUACCAACAGCAGCUACAGCCAUGUCAUCUUCCUCAACGAGGAGGAACUGGACAUCGUGAAGGCCACCAGGUACAAGUAUCAGUUCUUCAACCUCAGGCCUAAUAUGGCUUACAAAGUGAAGGUCUUGGCCCAGCCCCACCAGAUGCCCUGGCAGCUGCCCCUGGAGCAGAGGGAGAAGAAGGAGGCCUGUGUGGAGUUCUCCACACUGCCUGCAGGUGAGCCCCCAGCCCCACCCCAAGAUGUCACCGUCCAAGCUGGGGCCACAGCCGCCAUUGUUCAGGUCUCCUGGAAGCCCCCUGCGCUGACUCCCACUGGGCUGUCCAAUGGAGCGAAUGUCACAGGAUAUGGAGUGUAUGCCGAAGGGCAGAGGGUGGCUGAGGUCAUCGCCCCCACAGCAGACGGCACAGCAGUGGAGCUGGUCCGGCUGCGGAGCCUGGAGGCCAAGGCCGUGAGUGUGCGUACCCUGUCCACACAGGGAGAGUCGAUGGAUUCUGCCCUCGCGGCCAUCCCCCCUGACCUCCUGGUGCCUCCAGCCCUCCACCCGAGGACUGCUCCCCCACCAAAGCCAUUAGCAAGUGACCUGGAUACCAAAGACCAACACCUGGGUCCCCGUCAAAUGGAUGAGUCCUGGGAGCAGAGCCGGCCACCCGGCCCCGCACAUGGCCACAUGUUGGAACCACCUGACAUGCACAGUGCUGGCCCAGGCAGAAGGUCACCCUCACCCAGCCGGAUCCUCCCUCAGCCACAAGGAGCCCCUGUGUCCACCACCGUUGCCGAGGCCAUGGCCCGUGAGGCUGCACAGAGGGUGGCUGAAACCAGCAGGUUAGAGAAAAGGAGCCUCUUUCUAGAGCGAAGCAGUGCUGGGCAAUAUGCCAACUCAGACGAGGAGGCUGGCUGUGCCUCCCCCGAGGUCAAGAGGAGGGGUACAUCUGUGGAUGACUUCCUGAAAGGGUCAGAGCUGGGCAAGCAGAUUUUAGGAAACCCCGCUUUGAUGGGGCGAGGAGACCGGAUGGAUCACGUGAGCCGAAGGUAUUCUCACAGUGGUGGAGGUCCUCAGAGGCACCGGCCGGCAAUGGCUCCAUCCAUUGAUACCCAGGGGAGCAGAAUUCCUGCCAUCUGCUUUGGCUUCCUUUUCAUCAUUGACUGCAAGUGGAGCUCUGUCCCCAUCCAUUCCUGCUGUGUGGUCAGCUGAAGAUUUAAGACGAGGAGGACAAGCAGGUUCACUGGAUCCUGUCCAUGGUCUGAAAAAGCUCUUUAGUUGCCAUGGGAUAGCAAUUGCAGUUGAAUAUUUUUGGAAGCUUGGCAACAGAAACAUCACUGUGUUUGUCCCACAGUGGAGAACAAGGCGUGAUCCUAAUGUCACAGAACAGCACUUCUUAAACCAGCUCCAGGAGCUUGGAAUAUUAACUUUAACUCCUGCCCGGAUGGUCUUUGGAGAACGGAUUGCUUCUCAUGAUGACAGGCCAGCCAGGGUUACCUGGUGAGAUCCCACCUCCCAAAAGGAGGAAUUUGGAUUCCAAGCUUCUCCAGUGAUAUGUAAUUUUUGCAACUCUAUUCUGGUGUUCCUGCUACACUUAGCGGACCAAACUGGGGGCAUAAUUGUAACAAAUGAUAACUUCAGAGAGUUCGUGACUGAGUCGGUGUCCUGGAGAGAAAUUAUUACAAAAAGAGACAUGCAGCCACUACUCAGUGUCCUGCCAGAUGUGGGCAUGUUCGAUCCUAGCUUCCGGAGCCCCAACACCCAAGUAGCCAACACCAGCCACCAGCCUCCAUCCCGGAACCAGGGAGCCUCUUCAGGCCCUUGGCUUCCUCAGCAGCCCCACUUCACACCCCUGGCCACCGUUCCCAGUAUGCAGCAGAACCUUCUCGUACCAGCACAGAGAUCUUCCGCAGAGACCAGUGAGCUGAGGGCGGCUCUGCUGAAGAUCUUCCCUGACUCUGAGCAGAAACUGAAGAUCGACCAGAUCCUGAUAGCUCAUCCAUACAGGAAAGACCUGAAUGCCCUUUCUGCCCUGGUACUGAACUGAAGGCUGGGCUGAGAGCCCACUGCUGAUGGGGACCAGAGGAAGCCGCCUACUGUGGAGUCCCUUACUGGGGAGAAGCUUUCCAGAGUGCACAGUGCUGCUCUCGGUAGGAGAAGGAAGGGAUGUGUUUUAUAUAUACAAAAGUCUGGAUUUUCAAAGCCAGCUUUUUCCUAUAUAUAAAUUAUGCUGCUAUUACAGAUUGAACAUUUUCUGUAAAAGAAAAGUACAUUUUCUGCCUGUUCAGAACUGUUUAAUAGCAGUUACUCUUGAGUGUAUUUACAACUUUAUGUUUUUUAAACUAUUUUCCUUAAAGCUGAAGAAAAAUUGACAAAUGAAUAUGGUUAGCCUUUCUAAAUAAAAUUAAAAAAUAAAAAAAAGGGGAUUGCUUCCUUAAGGAAAGCAAGCCCUCUUAAAGUAUAUUUUCUUGAGGUGAUCUGUUCUGUCCCCUCACAUGGUGUGUGCUCCCCUGCCUUCCUCCUUGCAGCUGGCCCGCUCCACUCUUCUGGGUCUUCUCAGCAGCCAUCUGUGAGAGUGCAGAACUGGAGCCACUAGAUGGCACUUGGUGCCUGGCUGUAGUCAGCGACAAGACAAAGUCAGACUCAGAAGAGCAGGGUGACAAUUCAGUCCAUUCAGUUCCAUCCUUCUUCCUCUCCGCUGGACAGAGAAGGGAAACGAGUCCCAGCGUACUCCCUGAUUGGCCCAGCUCCCUAAUGCCCUCCCCAGCUGAGGCCACCAUGUUCCUGAUCUGAUUCCACAGAAGGUGAGGUAGGAUUGGAGAGUCUGCUGAGGAACUCCCUUCUGUGGCCAGCAUGAGUCCACAGCCCACAAGUAUGGGGAAGAAUCCCAUGUGGAGUUUGUACAGCUUUGCCAAAAGUUUUCUAUUCUCAAGGAUGACCCAAGCCAAUAAAUAGCAUAAGUAGUUUCAGAAGGGGUCUCAAAGCCCUGCUGUUUCCCUCUUCUGUCUUUUAGUGGUCUCUAGCUGCUCUUCCCGAGUCUUUCAGAACCAGUUAUCUCAGUAUCAUCUCUUCUCAGUGUAGCUUGAAUUCUGUGUCUGUGAAACAUUUCCUGGUCAUUCUUAGCAUCUUGACUCUCACCUAGACCUUUUAAGGGCUCUGUGUUUUCCAUCUAUACUGUGUCCCAGCCAUCACAGUCAAUUCCACUGCUCUGUGGAUUGUGUCUUUCUUCUGGUCUCACAGUUAGUGACUGAGGAUGUGGUGCUGGUUGGUUCUCUGUGGUGCAGGGACUAUGUAGAUCCCAGGAUGCUGUCACCAUGCAUAUACUUGGUUUCAUUUGAUCCCUGCAUCCCUCAGGAGAUGAAUACAGAGCUUUCUAGGUGGCCACGGUUGUACUUCAGUCAUGUUCUCCUGAAUUCAUUGACGAUGUAACCUGCUGGGGAGUCGUUUGUCAUCUGUCACUUGGGCUUUUGAGACCUGCAGGCAGUUAAAGUAGAAAACAGACUUUGCAAGGUCCAGGAGUAGACUCACUACAGCCUUCUGCCCCAGCUUCUGAGCACAGUAAAGGUGCCAAGGUGGAGCCAUCCCCAGGACCUCCUGGUCUACUCAGCCCCAGUCCAGCAUUCCUGGGAACAAGGAGAGUCAGGAUGCUCUGUAGAGCACAGGGGCCACAUCCUGAUGCUGGCAGGGAGCAAGGAGCACGAGCUUUCCCAGACUUUCCAGGCAGAUUUACUUUGUUGUGUAACCUCUGUGUUCUUAGUAUUGUUUCUGAGAUACCUGCCUGUGUCCCCUUCCCCAUAUAGGAGGGAAGAAAAGUUGGAGGAAAUCGAGAGGCAUUAAUUACUGUGUAGAUUAUAAUGUGAAAUAUAAUUCUAGACUCUCUGUGAAAUUCAUCACCUUUAGGGGUAGCAUCCAAAUCCCACUCACAACCUGCUUCUCUGCCUCAUCCCAAGCUCUGUUGCUGUUAGGUACUUGUAGAUGCCCAGCCUCCACCCCUCAGUGCCUCCACAGUGAACUGUGGAGUGUCUUGGCAUUCCUCCGUAUGUGGAGUACCUCUGCCUCCUGCAUAUCCUGACAUUUGGGCGAAGUGGUCAACGUGGCUGAGACUGAUCAUUUUGGUCAUUGGUCAAGUAUCUGAUGCUUACAGAGGUUGAAAGGAUAAGUAACUAGUGUAGGUGAUGGACUUCCAGCCGCUGUGCGCAUGCGUGCGUGUGUCGCAGGAGCUGUCCUGGUCCAGUGUGGUGGCACCAUGGUUGGCAGACUCGGCUUUGAGACAGGAUGGAGUUGUGUUUACACGGGCUUGCGAAUGUGUAAAGCAAGAAAGAAGGCUCCACCCUUCUUGCCACUGCCAAGUACCGAGUCCCUCCCCCUGGUAGGGGCAACGGCUGCAGACCCUGUGGCCUCUGCACCAUGCUCACCCUGGUCCUAGCCUGCCUCUCGCAUCUCUUCCAAUGCUUCCCCAUCCUCAGCACUCUGAGCCAUCUCAGCUGGGUCCAUUAGUUGCACUGUUCACUGGCAUUACCACCUUCCUGUUCCCUUUGGUCCCUGAGGUUAAAACGCCCUGCAUUUUGUUGCUGAUGCUUUACUCUGCCUUCCCACGUUUUCACUCCCCAGUUUGCACACUUGGCUUCUGCUCACCACAUGGGAGGAGCCUGGGCAAUCACUGGUUGCCGUUUCAUUGUUAAUGUAAUAGCUACAGACAGGGAGGCCAUUGGCCUUAUUUCUUCCAUUUUCCUUCUAGAUGCUCUGCAUUCCUUUCUUCUCCUUGAAGGCCAAUUCUUAAUGCAGUUUCUCCACCGGUGGUUCUAAAACUGGGCCACACUUAGGACGCCAGUGAAAAGGGCAGCCCUUGCUAAAAUGCAGGUUAUCACACACACCCUGAGGUGUGGGCUCUGCGGUAGAGGAAAGCCUGGAGGCUUGUCCCUUCCACACACCCUGAGUGGCUCCCAGUUGGUGGCCUGGAACUGCACUUUGAGAAGCUGCACUUAUUGUAGGAGGUCACCACUCUUUCCUAAUGUCACCAUUCAUGGUGGUGACACUAAUCCUGUCACUAAGCCUAUGGGAUCAUGACUCCCAGAACCUCAGGAGCUCGGCCUCCAUUCUAUCAUCUUCUAUCAUCUAUUCCCUUGUAUCCUUCUUGGCCCUUGGCUUGCUACUGCUCCCCACUUCCCACAAUCCCCCGUGACACUAUUCUCUCAUGGGUCCCUCAACACUAGGCCACUUUACAACUCCCCUCUCCCAGACUCCAGGGAGCUCAUUCAGGUUCAUCUAGAAGAGCGUUUUUGUGUCCUCCUCCUCCUCCUCCUCUUCAGCUGCCACCAGAGCAUCGAGUUCCUGUCCUCUGAGCCGAGCGCCCAUGGCUGUUGCCCCAUGGCCAGACUUGACUAUCUAUUGUCUAUCCCUGCCACGAUGCUCACCCGCCAUCCAGAUCUGGGUUCCCAGGGGCCCUAUCCAUGCUUAUUUCUCUUCUAGAAAUGGCCCUCUGCCCUACAGCCCUCCUCAAAGGCCCAGCCCUGAGUCUUCUUUGUGCCCUGAACAGAAGCAGCUCUGUGGUAUUCUGUGACCCCCACAGCACUUGGUGUCUCGCUUCUGGCUCUUGCCUCUCCGGCAGGUGUAGCUGCAGCCAGCUGUGUACUGUGUUGCCUCCCUCUAGACUGUGAGCUCCUCGCGGGCAGGGACCCUAUGGUCACUCUGUAUCUCUUGUGGCACCUAACAGUGCCUUGCACUUGGUAGGUGCUCAAUAAAUGUCUGUUCAAGUGAACUGGAGGAUGGUGCCUUCUUGACUGGGGGAACUUUGUUGAUCGUGUUCUAGAGAUGGGACCCACCUCUGUCAGAUGUAGGGGAGGCUUAGCUUGCCUGCUUCACUCUGUCCCCCUUCCCUAGGGCCUUCAGCACAUGCCAUCCUGGUCAACUUGCCCAGACCUGGAAUCCUGACCAGAUGGAACCGUCCAAAGCAGACAGUUGGCUUAGAUAGAUCUCACCUGC